CUGUUCCGCGGCAGUGGUCUCGCCCGGCAGCACAGACGCAGCAGUAGGUCGUAGGUGUUGCCUCAGCCUUCCCCCCCGCGUCCCCGGCACAGUGGUAGAUGCCGGUUUCGCUUGUCGGCAGCCUCCGCCGCCUCAGUCGGAUCCAGCCGCUGUUGCCGCGGUGUGUCCGGGCGCCUCGUCCGUCUCUCCCUCCUCGGGCUAGUGUAUGAGUGACUUGUAACCUCGCGUCCGCCAUGUCCACUCCGGCCCGGAGGCGCCUCAUGCGGGACUUCAAGAGGUUGCAGGAGGAUCCCCCGGCCGGGGUGAGCGGGGCCCCUUCGGAGAACAACAUCAUGGUGUGGAACGCGGUCAUCUUCGGACCUGAGGGGACCCCAUUUGAAGAUGGAACAUUCAAACUUACAAUAGAAUUCACAGAAGAAUAUCCAAAUAAACCACCCACUGUUAGAUUUGUCUCUAAAAUGUUUCAUCCAAAUGUUUACGCAGAUGGUAGUAUAUGUCUGGAUAUUCUUCAGAAUCGUUGGAGUCCAACCUACGAUGUGUCCUCCAUCUUAACAUCCAUACAGUCUCUGUUGGAUGAGCCGAAUCCCAACAGUCCAGCAAACAGCCAGGCAGCUCAGCUAUACCAAGAGAAUAAGCGGGAAUAUGAAAAACGGGUUUCUGCAAUAGUAGAACAGAGUUGGCGUGAUUGUUGACCCUGGAUGAUGCAAAUGAACACUCUGGUGAUGAGGAAAAUAUAUAUGAAGUGUCUGAGUCAUCUUCCUCCUAGCAUCGUUGCAUUUACUUUGAGAGCAAAAUAGCUGUUGUGCUGUUGCCACCCUCCCUUGCUGAAGCUUCCCUUCCUUGGACAUCAGAAAGCACCCAUUUUGAAGUCAAAUGUACUGUACUUGGGUUACUUGCAAAAGAAUUACUGAUGCUGAAAUCAUUUUCUGUGGUCCCUCUUCUCCAGUCUUAGGGCAGUAUUGUGCAUUUCUGUAGUGUACACUAAGCUUUUAAUUGUAAUUGUGUUAUACACAGUGACGCUUAUGUGUAGCUUGAUAAAAGGGAUGUUUAUAUACGUAUAUACAUUUUUAAGUGAUAUUACUAGAGUGCUGAUCUGUCCAGGCUGGUCACUUGCCUCUACUGUUGGUUUUAGACCCCACUGCAUUUGUAAGUACUGCAUGAAAAGUUAAUUUUCCCAUUUUACAGGGGUGUUGUGUUUAUAAAUACAAACCCACCUUAUUCCACUCUAACUAAUCUGAAAACAUGGGGGAAGGGGUGCUGGGUACUUUAUUUCAAAUGCAAGUUGGCAUAUGAUUACUAUUAUGGGACUUCAGACUAGUUAGGGUGAUAUGCUAAUAACCUCCUUUUUAUUUACAAAAAUAGGAUUUUAAAAAAUGCCUUUGAUAUUGAUGAAAAAUAGGUUGCUGUAGUCUUAUCAAUGAGGUACUGACUAGAUAGACCCAGGCUGAGCUGUUGUACUUAAGACUUUGAACUCUAUUUUGAGUGGGGGGGGGGGGAAACUGAGGUAGGAAAACUACUUCAAAGCUGGGAUCAUGUUCAUUAAUACUUGAUUCCCUUUAGCAACUGCAACAGUUAAAACAUCUCCUGAAUACAACUUCUAUUUUGGAAAGUGAGUUAAGAUUUGUAAGAUGGGACACUUGAGCCUGUGCUGUUCUUGCUAUUUGUAAAUUACUGGGGGAUAUUGGGUGGGUGUGUGCAUGCAACAGCUACCUGUUUGUUUUACUUUCAUGAAAUUGGAUGGAAAUGAUCCUUCCAAGUUUGGAAAGAAGUCCAAACGCAAUAUCUCUUGCCAAGACUAAGUUUAUACAUUUUUGGAAGCAGUAACUUUUUAAACAGCAGUGGGGAAUGAGACCUAUAACUGUGGUGUCCACUGUCCCAGUGUCUUAUGUGCACAUUGGUCUGUUGAAGUAUAACUUUGCACAAGUAACCCAUGUAAGAAACUGUACAUUUUUUUCAAAACUUGUAAAUAAAAGUGUAACCUUAUAUCCUUA